AUGGCAGCCCCACUACCUAAGAAGGCUCUCUCAGGGCACUGCUCUGUUGUCGACAACAACACUUUAUACGUCCUGUCGCCAGACUCGUUCCAGGCUCUACCGCUUGUUGAGAAUGCCACAUGGACCUCAAUGGAUAUGGGCAAGGCCGUCACUGGCCACUCAUGCCUUCGUGCAGUACCAAAUGGAGACGAGUCACAAUCUGCACUAUACGUAGUCGGUGGCACCUCAGACGACGACUCAUAUGGAGGAUUACAGCGCUAUAGCUUCUCGAACAAGACUUGGGAGACACUCGACCUACCUACAGAAGAUAUGAAGGGACGUACAAAUCAUGGUGUAGCAUACCUCAACGACUCAUCGUCCAUUCUGGUAUAUGCCGGUUCACGAACUGGUGUUGAGUUGUCGUCGCAAACCUUUGUCAUUUCAACCGAACAACCUUUCAACAUCGAAUCAUUCACAUCGGAGGCCCCGACUGUCUCCGAUCCUAUUCUACUACCAUGGGACGACAGCUCCGCCGUUCUGCUGGGAGGCUCUCAGACUAACACUGCCAUCUGGACAUUCAGCACGAGUAGCAGUUGGACUAGAUUGGACACUAACCUUACAUCAGCAUUGUCGGAUGGUGCAAGAGGCUCAUUGGUCACUGGUAGCGAUGGUAGCAAAGUUCUCACUGUCUACAAUGCGAACGCGACUCCGAAUGAAGUUACACAGCUUGUAUUGUUGGAUGCCAAUGGUCAACCCGCAAGCACUGGUCAGACACUUGGUAAUCAGACUAGUCAACCAUCCUCGGGCAAAAGCAAGCGUGAUUUGACUCUUGACAACUGGCCGACGUACAACAGCAGUUCAGCGCCUUCAGUGAAAAGAUCAGAUUACUCAAUCGCACAAAACGACCAGGGUACUCUUGCUGUUAUCAGUGGAGGAAAUGACGACACUCCUGUAAACGUCUUCAACCAAACCAGCAACUCAUGGGUUGACAACCAGGUCUUGUUCGGUGGUAAUCAGGUUCCUUUGACCACAACAUCAGCCUCAAGCUCAUCUGCUCUUCCUACUUCGACUAGUGCGCAUCCCUCUGCAACCUCAUCUGCUGCCGCAAAAUCAAAAGACCAUGACGAUUCUGGUGCUCAUACCCGCAAGGUCCUCGGUAUCACGUUGGGUCUUCUGCUUGGUCUGCUGGCGGUACUGGUCAUUGCACUUCUUCUUGUGAGACGUCGCAAGCAACAAAAGAGAAAGACUCAGGGUAGCGAUGAGAAGGCGGAUAGAAUGAGCUUCCAAGACAGAGGUGCUUCUUUCAUGAGGGAAGCUGGUGGCCCUGUGAGCGAUGCUCCACCACAGUUGCCCAAGCCCGUCAUCGGUGGUUACGAUCCUCGCAGCUCGUUCGCUAUCCUGGCUGGAAAACUUGGAGCUGAUCGUUUCAGCCAACGUUUCAGUAAGUACGGUGCAUCUGAAAAGACACCCGUGAAUAGCAGCACAAACCCCUACGCCGACUUGCAGCCUCCCAAAUCUGCAUACCACCACCAGGCAAAUGACUCAUCAAGCUCGUUGGCCAUCAUCUCCGGCAGUUAUGCGAACAAGCACAGCAGAGGCAAUGGCGAGAAGGGCAGUUUCGAAAGCACCGCCAAGCUGGUGCGCUCACCCACAAGCCCCGGAAGCUUCGAUGAUCACAUGGAGAUGGAGUCUUUGGAUGGCCAGACACCUAAAUUGGCCUCUGCUCGUGGUCCUUCACCUGUCAUGUCAUCUCUCAGAGUUGUACAGAAUUCGAACAGAGACGAAGAUAUGCAGACAAAGCGCAGCUCGGGCUGGUCAAGGUACUUUGCACAGAAUGACGGUGGCGCAUACGACCCUGCUGCACAAAGCUCACCAAGUGUGGGUACAUCGCACACUGCAUCUCCUAAUCUGAGUGUUUCCGACUACACACCAUCGCUUCGUAACCCUUCUGCUAUGGUUGCACCUCUUGACGUGGAGCCUAAGAGUCACUUGCAUCCUGCGGACGCCCAACAUCACCGUCUGUCAGCUGUGGGCAUGGGCAGACCUAGCUUCAGCCACAGCGUUGAGGACUUCUCUGCUAGAGGUGCCAGCUUCGACAUGGUUGAGGGUCAACGUGCCGACUUCCACACAGGUCAGAGUCUCGAAAGCCAGGGCUAUCUCGAUGGAGCUCGCGAGUCGUUCGAAUCUGCAAGACGUCACUCUGGCAGCAGUGUAGCCUCAUCACAAUUCUUUUCACACGGCGAUGAAUGGACACCCGUUCACGGCGACGCCACAAUUGCAACCGCUCACGCAACGAAUACCGCUCAAGCCGUCAACAGAAAAGCACCAAACUCGCCCGCCGUCAAUGAAGUCCACAUUCCUCCCUCACCCGCUGUUUCUGCCUCCGCCUUCCCUCGUCCACCAUCAAGUACCUACACUGCAGAUGUGGAUCGCGACAGCCGCAUGCACGGGUUUGAAGCUCCCAACGCUCUUGGCCGCGCUUUAAGUCCUCCAGCUGCAGUCGCCAUUCCUGGUCCCGCCGCACGCGGUAACAGUGGCGGUGGUUUCUUCCCUGGCAGUGGCACACGCGCCAUGCAUGACCGUCCCAAUCCUGCUCUUGGUGGCCAGGCUCGCAAGCUUGGUGCCCUCCACCCUGGUACUCUCGCUGCCCUUCGCUUCACACCCGACCGCGAAGCACCCAAGCCUCCACAAGCUGGUCUCGGCAUCCACAACCCUGACGAGAACAGAGACUCAUCUGCAACAAUCUGGCCCUCUGCCACUGGCGCCAUGUCGCAACGAGACCGCGAGGAAGCGUUUAGACAACGCCUCCAAGCCGAGAGAGAGAUGAAGCGUCAGAUGGACAACAACAACAAUGGUGACGCAACCCGAAAGACACAAGCUAGCGAUAUCAGUUGGGUGGACAUCGGACAGAACUAG